ACGUCGACGAGUAAGUACAUGCGUACACGCCAGUCGCGUUCAAAAUACGAUACUGCUCACUACGACUCCGCCGCGAUUCUGUGAUGUUUGAACUGUUGCAACAAUUGUGAAUUUGUGUUAAGUUAAAAAAGUACUUUUGAAGACAUUUAAGUUUAAGUGCUUGUGAAAUCAGUGCAAGAUGCUUGUGGAGGAUUCUCAGACCGCUCGUGCGAUGAUGACAAAGAAAUAUGCGCAUUGUCCGCUAAAGAAACGGCCGGUGCUUGUGCGGGAGGAGCGGCCAGCGACACCGCCUACUACGCCGCCUCACCCCGCCCACAUGGCUACCACGAGGCUUUACUACGACUAUCAUUGUGAUACUGAAAAUGACGAGCCAGAAAAUCUCAGUACAAAACCUGAAGAUCUUUCUAAAACCGGAAACUAUCCCAACAAAGCUUCAUCACCUGUGGCAGCGACAGCUAUAAAGGUUGAGCCUCGAGAAUGGUCACAACAGCAUAUGGAAUACUUAGCUGCCUGUCGCGCCCGUUUGGAGCCAGCGCCCACCGAAGUAGCUCGACCGACUCCUCAAUAUGCGUACCUGCCAACGCUAUAUGCGCCAUAUCACCCUCUUGAAGAACUCUAUCCAGCAGUGCCAGCUCUGUCUCCGUCCGCGCAUCCGCCGCUCUAUGCACAUUACUCGCCUGCCUCACCGCCCUCUUCAAUUUCUCCGCCACCUUGCCCAGAAGACUUACGUUCGCCCGGUUCCGUGUCGUCAGAUUCGGGUGUGUCGGUCUCUGCUCCACGUCGUCCCCGGUACCAAUGCCCUGAUUGCGCAAAAUCCUAUUCAACUUACUCUGGGCUAUCAAAACAUCAACAAUAUCACUGUGCAGCUGCCGAGGGAAGUCUCGCAAGAAAGUCUUUCAGUUGCAAAUAUUGUUCAAAAGUUUAUACAUCCCUGGGAGCUCUCAAAAUGCAUAUACGUACUCAUACUUUACCUUGUAAAUGCCAUUUAUGUGGCAAGGCAUUUUCUAGACCUUGGUUAUUACAAGGACACAUCAGGACUCAUACAGGUGAAAAACCUUUCUCUUGCCAUCACUGUCGUCGUGCUUUUGCGGAUAGAUCCAACUUGAGAGCUCAUUUACAAACACAUUCUGAUGUUAAAAAAUACUCUUGUUCAGGAUGUGGAAAGACAUUUUCCCGUAUGUCCCUGCUAACCAAACAUUUAGAGGGUGGUUGCGGAGCCCCUGGAGGUUCUCCCUAUGAAUACCGACCUGAAAAUAUGCCGGCAACAAUACCGCACCAACCACUAGCCCCAACACAGACUGUCCAUGCCUAUUAAAAAGACUGAACUCAGCAGGAUCAUCGAUCUCGUACUAAUAUGUAGAAGAAUGCAGUUGGUUUAGACCGCUCUAAAAUAAUAAUUUAUUUUUAUAAAUUUCUAUAAGUUGAUGAAUGUACGUAUCACAUUUUGACAACUGGAUUGUGUAAUGUUAGAAUCACUGUUCAUUUAAAUUAUGUAUGUAGAAGCUAGAUUAAGAUUUUAAAAUAGAUUUAGUCGCUCGAUAGAUGCGGCUUUGCUAGUCAUGUGGCAUUUGCCGAGUGUCAUACACUUAUGAAAUCUUAUAUUUUAAUUUUAAGCCAUGUACAAAGUGCCUUAAUUAAAUGUAAAAAAUAAUAUAUUCUUUGAAAAAUUAUAACAGUUAACUUAGGAUAUCCUAAGAUGCUAUUAUUGUAUAAAAUAUUAUGAAAUAGUACCUACCUGCUCAUGAGGCUAUAUCAGAGCUGAUUGUCGUUUGCGUUCCUUUCUGUUACCUCCUAUAC